CACUAGAAGUACCGUUGCUGUUGUUGAUUUCAAGCAAAUGGUGGAAACUUAAUUUCGUAAAAAACGCUGUGAAAUCAUGGCUGAGAGCUUCGACUUCACGGAAGAAGAGAUCAAAAGAAAGCUAGAACAGCUUGGCUAUUCGAAUAUACCAAGUGACAAGCUAAGACUAUUUCAAAGAGAUCUCAGACAACUAAUUGAAUCGGAGAGAGCGAGCUCCAGCGAGAGCAGGCAUCUUAGAAGUCAAGAAACGCCAUCAUCCGUCAGUGGCAGCUAUUAUACUGACAGUUACUUAGAGGGAAGUAAAGAUGAAACCUCUUCAUCUUCAAAUGUUUUUGACAGUAGCAAAGAACGGCACCAUGUGAAUGAUAGUUACAGAUCCCCUUUGGAGGACACUGUUUUCCCUAGGACAAAGUCUGCACCAACUCUGACAAAGAUAAGUCAUCACCCUUUUGGCAAGGAGAAUUUACAUCACCACCAAGCAAAUCCUGGGCUAGUAAGAGGAGAAUCAAGUUCCACAGCCAAAAGUUCUCCUCAGUCUGAGCAAUCCAGACCAAGCAGUAGGAAUAUCAAGAGAAAAGUAUUGAGAAGAAGAGAUGGUGAAUCCAGAGUGUUUGAUGAAUCAUUUGCAAGUACUGAUUCAGUCACAGAUAUAUCUGAAUUGGAGCAAAGACUUAGAGACCUUCCAGUCAACACAACAGGUGAAAUUGAUGAAGCAGAUGUCAUCAGCGUACAGAGUGAAGGAUCCACGGAACCUACUGACUACCGACCAUGGGAAAAUUAUGCUGACAGAGCAUUACCCUCCUUUAUUCGUCCAUCUACUCGUCACCCUCAUACACGGCAAUUGAAGAAAUCUGAUCCUGUUUCAAGAUAUCACCAAUUUAAGUAUGAAUGGCAAGCAAACAAGGCACCAGGGGAAAAAAGUCACAAAAAUCUGCGUUGGAAUGUCAGGGGAAAAAUGUUGCAGUGUGACGUGUUUGAGAAACCACAACAUAACUUUGUUCCCAACAAAUACGUAGUUCCAACAGAUAAGAAGAGGCAAGCAUUACGCUGGGAAGUCAGAUCAAGUUUGGCAAGAGUUUAAUAGUAACCAGCGAUACACUAAAUAAAUGUGAUUAAAUAUUUAACAUACACUAAUUGUUGUCAAGCACAAUUUCCAGUUACUACAUUAAAAUGAACAAUUUACUCACACAGUCACCUAGGCUAGGUUAAUUAUAAGCACAUUGUCACAUGUAUACAUAUUUGAUUGUAAUAAAUUAUUUCACGUACUGCAGAAAGUUUUGGCUUGUUUUUUUUGUCAGCUUGGGGUUAUGAUAUGGGUGAACCUUUUCAGGUGUUAAACCCCGGGAGACGGGGAACUCCAUGUGAAAAGGUUUGGGAUGCUCGACUUGCUCAGGGGUAUAAAUUGAGGAUUCUAGUUUCACUUAGGGUGUCACUGAUGACAAAAUGUCACUAUUUUUAGCUGUCAAAGCAUCUUUUAGGGUGCACUCAAAGAAAUUAUAGUAAUAUAAAAAUGCUCUUAUUUCUGUUUUUGGGCCUGGUUUCUGCUGGUCUUUUAAGUCAAGUCUAGUAUCACAGGCUCCUUUCCUGAACAACAGCUGGUAACCAAGCGUAUUCCAUUUAAGUGGUAUCUUUUACAGGUCAGAUAAAGCCCGAGCCACACCCAAAUUGGUCUCCUUUAGGGGUUUGAUUCAAAUUUUAGGAUGAGUAUCCCCAAUUUUUUUGUAUCGGAGUU